UACUGGGUAGGCAGAUCGUUAGAUGGCCGGCUGCAAGUAUCUCACCGGAAGGGUCUUCCCCAUGUGAUCUACUGCCGACUGUGGCGGUGGCCAGACCUUCAUAGCCACCAUGAGCUGCGGGCCAUGGAGAUGUGCGAGUACGCCUUUAACAUGAAGAAGGAUGAAGUCUGUGUGAAUCCUUACCAUUACCAAAGAGUGGAAACCCCAGUGUUACCUCCAGUGCUGGUGCCUCGGCACACAGAGAUCCCAGCUGAGUUCCCGCCGUUAGACGAUUAUAGUCAUUCUAUUCCAGAGAACACUAACUUCCCAGCAGGUAUCGAGCCACAGAGCAACUACAUUCCAGAGACACCUCCUCCAGGCUAUUUGAGUGAGGAUGGAGAAACUAGUGACCACCAGAUGAACCCCAGCAUGGAUGCAGGUUCUCCAAACUUAUCACCAAACCCUAUGUCUCCAGCACACAAUAAUCUGGAUCUGCAGCCUGUUACCUACUGCGAGCCAGCUUUCUGGUGCUCGAUAUCCUACUAUGAACUCAACCAGCGAGUGGGAGAGACUUUCCACGCCUCUCAGCCCUCCAUGACCGUGGAUGGUUUCACUGACCCAUCCAAUUCUGAACGCUUCUGCCUUGGUUUACUGUCUAACGUGAACAGAAAUGCAGCAGUGGAACUCACAAGACGACACAUUGGAAGAGGAGUAAGACUCUACUACAUUGGCGGCGAGGUGUUUGCCGAGUGCCUUAGCGACAGUGCCAUUUUUGUCCAGUCUCCCAACUGCAACCAACGCUACGGCUGGCACCCAGCAACAGUUUGUAAGAUUCCACCAGGAUGUAACUUGAAGAUUUUUAACAACCAGGAAUUCGCCGCUCUCUUGGCUCAGUCUGUAAAUCAGGGCUUCGAAGCUGUGUAUCAGCUGACCAGAAUGUGCACAAUUCGAAUGAGCUUCGUCAAGGGAUGGGGAGCAGAAUACAGGCGGCAGACUGUGACCAGUACUCCCUGCUGGAUUGAGCUGCAUCUCAACGGUCCUCUGCAGUGGCUGGACAAGGUCCUCACGCAAAUGGGCUCCCCGAGCAUCCGUUGUUCCAGUGUCUCCUAAGGAAACGUGUCGUGGGGGGCGGGUGGGGGGAACAAAGACUCUGGAAAAUGGAAUUGGCUUAACCCUUAGCAAAAUGCAUAGUGCAUCGUCAGCAAAUUCCCAGUUAUUGAAGUGAUGAGGAAAAAAAUCUGCUAAAAAAAAAAAAAGUGGGUUUUCUUUGUUUUGUUUUGUUUUUUUUUUAAACUAAAUAGCCAUUUAAGCCACUUCCACUGAAACU